GUAUGCUUGUCCUUCCUGCCAUCCUGCAACUUCCUCGAUUCGCACCGGCCAUCGAUCAUCAUCGCACCUAGCCAGCAUGUCAAUCAUCCCACCCAAACAGCCCAAGCGGCGUGACAUGCCCAAGCUCUCAAUACCGCAACGCCCUUCCUCUUCAUCAGGCGCUGCACCCAUUCCCCAACCUAUCGCAGCAUCAUCAUCGUCAUCAUCCAACAACGGUACCGGCGCCAAUGCGACUUCAUCAACUGUUUCGAUCCCAGAAGCAGCUGCCAGGGAUGGUGGGCCGCGAACCAUCUCCAUCUAUCCGGAUACGGUGCCUGGCCCUUCGACGGACCAAUCCGCCCUCACAAACGACCUGCGUCGCGCCAUCCAAGGCGAAAGCAGUACGGGGGGCUCUGCCUCUGCCUCUGCCUCUUCAUCAUCUUUGACGAGCGUGAUGCCCAGCCCACCACAGCGCUCACGCCCCAUCACCACGCUCACCACCGCACCACCGCAACAGCACCACCACCAGCAGCGCUGGGGUCCAGCGCCCACAACGUCAGAGGACGGAGCAUCUACCGAGUCGAUCCCCAUCGAGGCCGGUUCGGGGGAAGGAGGAGAAGAAGCUAUGCGUCAAGAAGAUAUCGCCUUGCUCCAGCGGCUGGGUGAAGGGGCGAGCGGUGAAGUCCGAAAAGCAGUACAUCGACCGAGUGGCAAGAUAAUAGCAGUCAAGACUAUCAGCACUUCGCCUAACCCAGACUUGCAUCGACAGAUCCUCCGUGAGCUCUCCUUCAACCGCUCAUGUCGCUCACCUUAUAUCGUUCCAUACUACGGCGCUUUCCUCUCAUCGGACGGGCUCAGCAUUGAGAUUCUGAUGGAGUUCUGUGAGGCUGGGUCACUCGACGCUGUCUACAAGAGGGUAAAAGCGCGCAAUGGCAGGACAGGCGAGAAGAUAUUGGGCAAAGUAGCAGAAUGUGUCCUCAAAGGGUUAGACUACCUUCACGAGCGACGCAUCAUUCAUCGCGAUAUCAAGCCGAGCAACGUGCUGGUGACGAGGGAGGGAGGAUUCAAGUUGUGUGAUUUUGGCGUGUCGGGUGAGCUGGUCAACUCCCUCGCGGGCACGUUCACGGGUACAUCUUACUACAUGGCUCCGGAGCGAAUCAAGGGCCAAUCCUACACAAUCACAAGCGACGUCUGGUCUUUGGGUCUCUCCAUAUUGGAGGUAGCAUCAAACCGUUUCCCCUUCCCAGCUGAGGGCGAGCCACCUUUAGGUCCCAUCGACCUGCUGAGCUAUAUUGUCGGCAUGAAAACUCCAGAGCUGCAAGACGACGUACAGGCGGGCAUCAAGUGGAGUAGGGCGUUGCGCGAUUUCAUUGAGAGGUGCCUGGACAAGAAUCCCGAAACGCGUCUAGGACCAAAGAAGAUGUUGACACACCCCUUCGUACGCAAGUCGGAGCAGAGGCAGCCUCCCGUCGAUGUGGCCAAAUUUGUGGCCGAGGUGUGGGGAUGGAACACGCAGACGCAGACGCAGACGCAGACGCAGACGCAGACGCAGAUGCAGACGCAGCCUGAGCCAACGGCAGCGUCGAUACCAGCUCCUGUGGCGCCGCAGCAGCUUGUCGCGGGAAUGCAGGGCCUCUCGGUCGACGCAGUACAACCGGGCCAGUCAGCGUCGAUAGGGCAAGGGGAGACUUUCUCCUCUUCUAGCCCAGCCUCCACCUCAGCCUCAGCCUCAGCCUCGUCAAGCACCCCUAGCAGCACCAGCAGCACCAGCAACAACAACCCCUCCCCCUCCUCCCUCCUCCUCUCCCGCAUCCCCUCACUACGUCGCGCCCCCAAUACCCCUUCACCUCUAUCCGUCACCCCUCUCACCCCUUCUUCCACCUCCACCACCUCCUCCGCAACCCCUACUUCAACUUCAACUUCAACCACACCCAUCGACCCACUCAACGCUGCAUCAGCGUCAGCCUCGCCCUCCUUGGCUAGCACGCGCACCCCACCGGGUAUGGAGCCCCUCACUCGACGUGAUACCGUGGGGAGAAGCGAGGAGGAGCGGCUCGCGGCGAGGAGGAGGGAGAGGGAUGUUGGCGUGGUGGGGAGUCCGGUUGUUGAGGGAGAGGGGGAGGGGGAGGGGGAGGAGUAGCCGCCAGCAGUGGAUAUGUGAAGGAAGAGGGGGUGGCGGGGGGCAAUGUACCAUACGAUAUGAUACGAUACGACGACAAGAGUCAAGAUCGGGCACGGGCACGGGCACGGGCAGGUUUUCUCACGAUAGAGAUUGUAGAUCGCCCUGCAAUGGGACGCUUCGAUUCGAUUCGGUUCGUAUCGAGUGGUGUAAUAAUAAUAAUACAGAGAGCAGGUGGAA